UCCUGAUAGUGUAAGGAGGGUGCUAGAAAAUGAAUUCCUAAAUUUGGUGCAAGGUGAUAUGACAGUCUUGGAAUAUGCUCAUAAAUAUAUAGAACUAGGAGAGUUCUUUCCAAUCUAUAUGAGUAAUGAGGAAACAAAGACCAAUAGGUUUGAAAAUGGUUUGAGGUCUACAAUCUGCAAUCAUAUGUCAUCUAAUGUUUAUCAUAGCUAUCAAGAAGUGUUCGAUAGUGCCAUAAAAGUUGAAGCAAGGUUGAAUGAGUCUAAGGAGCAGUGGUCUGACAGAAAAAGGGUAAGAGAAUCCAUACAACAAUAUGGAAAGCCAAGGGAUAGUGGAAAUGUACCAAAUAAGAAGACAAGUAAAGGACAUGUUGUGCAGACCAAGGAGUGCAACUUUUGCCAUCUUUAUCACACUGGGGAGUGUCGCCGUAAGUUUGGGGCAUGUUUUGAAUGCAGUCAAUUGGGACACAAAGUGAAAGAUUGUCCAAGGAAAAUGCAUAUUGCAGCAGGAUCAACUCAACAAAAACCCAGGACUAAUGCUCGCGUAUUCGCUAUGACUCAACAAGAUGCAGAUGUUGCCGACAAUGUUGUUUCAGGUGACCGUGAAGGUUAGUGCAUAAAGGAAUUUCUAUGCUUAAAGCUUACUAAGAUUAGAUUGUUGAUCGAGGUUAAGGCAAGGGAGGUCACAUUUUGGAGUUAAAGACCCUGGGGUAUUAGUAUAGUGUUUUGUGAUAGAGGAGGACUUCUUCUAGUCUUUUUGUGGAGAUCAAAGUCCAUAGUAGGACCUUGGAUUUCAAGUUGUAAUUUUGGACCAUGUCUAGAAGCUUAAAUGUGUAUAUUAUAUUUCCAAUUAAGCUAUCUUUGGG